GGUCAAAGCAGAGCAGGAAAAUAAAAUAGAACAGAGUAAAUGGGCCCAAAUGGUGAAGCCCAACUAAUUGUUCAGCCCAUCUUAAUUUACAAAAACCCUAAUUCAGCCCAUAUCUGAAGCCCGCUAGCAUCUUCUUCUUCUCCGUUAACGCUCACCAACAGACAGGCCACUGCCAUUUUUCACUCCAAGCCGCCAUCUACCCACAGAUACGAGCACCACUCCGAUAGAGAUAGCCGGCGAUGGCGGACGUGGUGCAAUUCAAGCUUGAGCGCAUGCUCAACGAACUAGAAGACCUAGAGCGGCGCGGUUUGUUCAGCCGCGGAGAGAUAGCAGAGAUAGUUAAAAAGCGUCGCAAGUUCGAGUACCGCCUCAAGAGGCCGAGUCCCCUAAAGCAAGAUUUCUUGGCCUACAUAGAGUAUGAAAAGCAACUAGACGCCCUCCGACGCCUCCGUAAGAAAUCUGUUUUAAGAAAGUCCGGCGGGAAAAAAUCGAAAAAGUCCGUCUCGGAUUACGCCGGCGUGUCGAGGAUUCUCGAUAUUUACCGGCUUGCCACGAACCGGUUUAAGGGAGAUAUCCAGCUCUGGUUUCAGUACUUGGAAUAUUGUCGAGCGCGAGGACAUGGAAGGAUGAAAAAGGCGCUGGCUCAAUUGGUUAGAUUUCAUCCAAAAGUACCUGGUGUCUGGAUUUAUGCUGCUGCUUGGGAAUUCGAUAGCAAUCUGAAUGUUGCAGCUGCCCGUGCUCUCAUGCAAAAUGGUUUGAGGGCAUGCCCAACUUCUGAGGACCUAUGGGUAGAGUAUCUUCGUAUGGAACUCACAUACCUUAACAAGUUAAAAGCUCGAAAAGUUGCCUUAGGGGAGGAUGAGGGAGACCUAGCUCGUGAUCACAGGAAGGCAGAUGAGAAACAGUGGAGAGAUGAAAACAAGGAACUAUUUAUGGCCCUCAAUGAGAGUGGGGAUGCUGACAAGAGAUCCGAUCUUCAAGAUGGUGAAUGUGAAGGGAAGUUGGAUGUCUUUGGGGAGCAUGGCUUGAACAUUCUUCAAACUGUUUACAGUGGUGCAGUUGAAGCCAUACCUACUUGUUUCAGUGUCAGAACAAGGUUUCUUGAGAUACUGGAAGCUACAGACUUGGCUCAUUCGGAAGAUAUGCGAAAAAAGAUACUUGAGGACAUGAAAAGGGAUUUUUCGAAGGACCCACUAUACUGGGACUGGCUAGCAAGAGUUGAAAUAGCUGACCUAGAAGGCAUAAAUGCUAAGCAGUUCAGCAAAGCAGUUCAGGUUUAUGAGGAGGGUAUGACGUUUGUACCAUCAGCCGUGAUGGUUGAGCUUUAUGUAAAGUUCCUCAUGGAUGCAAUCUGUGAUGAAGAUAGGGGUGGAGAAGCUGCCGUGCACUUCAAAUCUCAUGGCCAUACAACUGAACUUGUUUCACAUCUUCAGAUGGUGUAUGAGAAGGCUGAAAGCCUGGGCUGCAUUACUGAAGAUCUUGCUUGCGAACAUGUUUCAUUGCUUUUGCAGCUGGGUAAACUGGAUGAAGCUAAGUUGCUGAUAGAAAAGCUGUGCUCUGGAAAAUUUUCAGAAGCUGUGCGUUUAUGGACCUUACGUCUUUCCAUAGAAAUGAGAUGCAUUCAGAAUAAAUCUCUUUCACCAAGCAAGGUGGAUUUACUAUAUAUCCUUGAACUCCUGAGAAGUAUUUUGAUGAAAGUUAGAGUUUCAGAAGCAGAAAACCUGUGGGUUAUGGGGCUAAAGUACUUCGCAAAUCAGAGACAAUAUUUUGACAAGCUUGUGGAGACAUCACUUCUUUUAUUGGCCAAAGAUGGUGGAAGUGAUAGUGGGUUUUCACUCUCAUCAACAAUUGUAAAUUAUAUUCUUCAACGGGAUGGAGUUGAAAGUGCAAGAGAGAUGUAUAAACGAUUUCUCGCUUUACCUCAUCCAGGACUUGCUAUGUAUAGAAAUUGCAUUGAGCUAGAGUUGAACCUUGCAUCGACUGGUGAGAAGACUGGUCUUCCUAAAGCUCGGAAGUUGUACGAAUCUGCACUUGCAACUUAUGAUCAAGACGCAAGCCUGUGGCAAGAUUAUCAUUCAAUGGAAGUCAAGAUGGGAACAUCUGAAACUGCCGCAGCUGUCCAUUGGCGCGCAAGGAAAGCCCUCAAAAACAAUAUUUCCCUUCUUCCUUCUGCAACCUCGUGAUGGAUGUGCUUCUUAUAGUUACAUUAAUUUAUACACCUAUGACGGGUUCUGUAUAUCUCAAUGGCUGUUCAAUUUUGACUUUGUUUUCUCACCAUCUUGUUGGUUUUAUUGUUGUAACAUGAGGAAACACAGAGCCAGUGAUCUUGAGUCAUUUUUUAGAGAAAUUGGAGGAAUGUAUCAUCUGAUCAAAUUUAACCUUGUGAAUCCGUCUAUUUCGGUUCAUGCGAGUGCAAUAUGUCAGGGAACAAGAUGUUGAACCCUGUUAAGUGUGAUUAUGAUAAACAUCUUGCUCCUAAUUGCAAUUCA